AUGUUAAUAGGUAUCUCAGGUACGAUAAGUUCUGGUAAAACAGAAGUUGCAAGAUAUUUAACAUUCCAAGGUUUCAAAUUAAUACAGUUCAAAGGUUUAGAUGAAGGUUUAAAAUUUCAAACAGAAUCUGAAUUAUUAGAUUAUGUUACUAUUAAUUGGAGAGAAAAUUUUGUAUUAUUGAUUGAUAACUUCAAUUUGUUAAAAUUAUUACAGAAAAGACCAUUUUUUUUACAUAUCUCAAUUGAUGCUCCUAUAAAUUUGAGAUUUAAACGACAAUCAAAAUACACAUUUGAUGAAUUUAUAAGCUUAAAUGAUGAAUUAUUAUUCAAUUUAGAUAAUCCAUUGAUUGAAAUUAAUAAUCAAGCAUGUGUUAAAAUUAUAAAUACUUCAGAAUCAAUAAAAGAAUUAUAUAUGAAAGUAUCAGAAUUAAACUUACUUGAUAAAUCAAGAUUAAGACCUAGUUGGGAUUCUUAUUUCAUGAAGAUUGCAAAUUUGGCUGCUUUGAGAUCAAAUUGUAUGAAAAGAAGAGUUGGUUGUGUUAUAGUUAGAGAAUCAAGAGUUGUAGCAACUGGAUAUAAUGGUACUCCAAGACAUUUAAAAAAUUGUAAUGAAGGUGGUUGUUCAAGAUGUAAUAAGGGCCAUGGGUCUGGUAAUUCUUUACUGACUUGUUUAUGUUUACAUGCUGAAGAAAAUGCAUUAUUAGAAGCAGGUAGAGAUAGAAUUGGUGAUUCAAGUACAUUAUAUUGCAAUACAUGUCCUUGUUUAACAUGUUCAAUUAAAAUUGUUCAAAGUGGAAUAAAAGAAGUUGUUUAUGCUCAAAGUUAUUCAAUGGAUGUGGAUAGUCAUAAAGUAAUGAGUGAGGCUAAAAUUAUAUUACGUCAAUAUCAACCUCCAAUAGAUGGUAUAUUUAUAUAG